AUCUUGUGUCCUAUCCUCAUGAAUAUAUAUCAGGCAAGUAUUUGCGUAGGAGGUCGGGCCGACGUUCAUUUCAUAUUCCAGCGCUGUAUUUUGGUUUCCAAAUGGGACGACGACGCGCACGAGUCACGUCUCCGCCCUGAUAUCUGUCCUCUCUCUCGAGCGCCUCCUUUUCACAGCGAAUUUUAAUCGGGUAAAAUGUUUUUUUUGUGGAGCAGCGGAGGAGACGGCGAAAGGAAGGCGAGAAGAAGUGAAUGACUACUAGUGGAAUAAGUCGUCGGAAGCAACACCGCCGCCCAGUUGGCGCGGGACAUUUAGGUGCGCACGCUUCUUUUUUUUUACGGCUUUUAAAUGUAGGUGGCUGUAGGUGUAAACCAAAGUGCGCACUGUUAUUUAUUUAAAGAGUAGAGAGGAAGGGGACUUUUUUUUUUUUUUUUCCUUUUUCCAUUUGAACACAGAUGGACACAAGUGUGCAGGCUGCUGCUGCUGCUGCUGAGGAUGGAGGAGGCGCGACCAAGUUGAUGAAGAAGAAGAAGAAGCCCAGCAGCGGACUGUCUGUCGCCCGGGGGACUCCUCCAGCAGCAGCGGAGGAUGAUGAUGAUGAUGGCGGUGGUGGUGGUGGACAUUUAGAAGAAGGAGAAGAAGCGAAGAAGAGCCUCUCUUAUUCCGCCUCCUCUAGUGCGUCAAACCGAGCCGUGUCCGCGUCUAAUGGCCGGAGCGUCUCGUCCAGCAGCAACUCCCUCCUGUUGAGACGGAGGCGCUUGAAGAGGAACCUCUCCACCACCACCACCACCGCUGCAGCUGCAGCAGCCUCCAGCACCGCCACUACCGCCUCAGCUGUCACCGCCUCCAAGAUGAACUCGGCCCUGUCCUCUGCGUCUCUGCACACCCGGAGUCUGGAUAGGAAGACCUUGCUGAAGCACCGGCAGAACAUGCAGCUGCAGCCCGCAGACCGCGAGUGGGUGAGAGCAGACCUCCACCGGGGCUCCGUGCACGUCCACGAGAGACUGACGCCCUCGUACCCAAGGCCGGUUCUUUGCACUAUGGACACCACAGCCGGCGAGGUGGCUCUCCGUCUGAGCAAACUGUGCAGUAAGUCGAGCUCUGUCAUGCGCAUUUUUUGUAAAGAUAACCCAACCAAGACUGACCAAAAUGGCAAUGUGAAGUAUGAAUAUAGUGAUAACAAGGUGAAUGAAGACUCCAAAUGCAGCCACCUUGAUGCAGCAGAACUGAGGGGCCAUCCCAGUGACAGGUUGAGACUGCUGCUCAUGGAGAAUGCAGAUGAGAGGCAAAAGCAACAGGAUAGUGAUGGGAAACUUUUCACCCCAGAAUCAGAGUCACAAGACAACAUCACCUGCUCACUGUCAGAUUUAAAUUCCAACUCCAACAUGGAUACCCCUAAUGAUGAUGACUCGGAGCACAGGCACUGUUUGGACAGCUAUGGAUUAAACUCUGGCUCAGAUGUGGAGAGCAGUGCUUUUGAUGACCUGAGCUCUGGGGCCCGGCUCAGCGAGCACAGGGACUCCCUCAGCGAUGACAUGGUCCUGGGCACCGAGGCGUCCAUCCUCAGCCCCUCGUUUGACAGUGCCACAGAGGGCCACGACAUGUAUGGCAGCUCCUCGGACGAGCUGGACCUGGACUGUCCUGCGUCGAGCACAAGCAUAGACCAUCACACCAAUGGACUCAAUGGUGCUGUCACUGCCAACUACAAACAGUGCAACAUGGGACAUUUAAACGACAUGACAAACAGUAUAGGACCAGAUAGCAGACUCAACCCACACAGUCUGGGCAGCCUGCCACCUAGCAGCAGCGCCGGCUCAUUGUCAAGAGCCUGUUCUACAGGUAAUACACCUGAUAUCCAGGACCCAGACUGUGGCCAGGGUGCUGUAAAAUCAGCAGGCCACAAUGGAGAUUCCUGUGAUUCCAGCCCCACGCUGUAUGUUCAGCUGCACGGCGAGGCUGUCAGGAGGCUUAGCCCAGAUGAGAGGCCUCUGCAGAUCCAGAAUGACUUCCUCUUUAAGCUUGGAUUUAAGGAUCCGUGGAGAGUUCAAGAGGAAGGGCUCAACACGGAAAUUGGCUCCUUGCUACGUUUCUAUGCAGGGAAACCCCAAAGCAUCGAGAACUCAGAGCGGGUCCAGCUGUCGGGGACAUACAACGUUCGGAAAGGGAAGCUCCAGCUGCCGGUCAACCGCUGGACCAGACGGCAGGUCAUCCUGUGCGGCACCUGCCUCAUCGUGUCCUCCGUCAAGGAGAGCCAGACGGGGAAGAUGCACAUCCUGCCGCUCAUUGGAGGAAAAGUGGAGGAGGUGAAGAAGCACAACCACUGCUUGGCCUUCAGCUCGGCGGGGCCUCAGAGUCAAACCUACUACGUCAGCUUUGACAGCUUCACGGAGCACCUGCGCUGGCACAGACACGCUGCCAAGAUGGUGUCCCAGAGGAUCAACUCGGUAGAUCUGUCCUGCUGCAGCCUGGAGCAGCUUCCUCCCAACCUCUUCUACAGCCACGACCUCACCCACCUCAACCUCAAACACAACUUCCUGCCCGCUGAUCAGCGGCUGCAGCAGCUGCAGAGAUUCUCUCGUCUGCGAAGCCUCAACCUGUCUAACAACCACCUUGCUCAGUUCCCCCCGGCCAUCUGUGACAUCCCCACACUCACGGAGGUCAACCUCAGCUGUAAUUACCUGACCUGUGUCCCCAGCUCUGUGGGAGCCAUGACCAAUUUGCAGACGUUCCUGUUGGAUGGCAACAGUCUGGAUGAGCUGCCCAAUGAGCUGGGUUCCCUCCAGAGGCUAAGUUACUUGGGACUUUCCUUCAACCAGUUCAACCACGUGCCACAGGUGCUGGAGCAGUUGGCCUCCAUGGAGAAGCUGUGCAUGGCUGGAAACAACCUGGAAACACUCACCCUGCAGAACUUCCGACUGCUCCGUGUCAAACACAUCGAUCUAAGGUUGAAUAAGAUCUCCAGCAUGGUGCCAGACGAGCCUGACCUGCUGAGGCACGUAACUCAGCUGGACGUGAGGGACAACAGGCUGACGGACCUAGACGCCUCGGUCUUCCCCAGACUGGAGGUGCUUCACUGCGAGAGGAACCGCAUCGCCAGCCUCAAGGCCAAGGGUUGCUUGCUCAAAGGCAUCUACGCCUCCAACAACGAGCUACGACGACUGGAUGUCAGUCCUGUGCCCUCCAAUCUUAGUUACAUGGACAUCUCGAGGAACCAUAUGGAGUCCUUGCCAGACUGGCUGUGUGAAGCUAAGAAACUGGAAGUCCUGGACAUGAGCCACAACCUCAUCACUGAGCUCCCGGCGCGGUUGUUUUGCAGCAACAGUCUGAGGAAGCUGAGUGCAGGACAUAACCAGUUGCAGAAGCUGCCUGAAAGAGUGGAGCGCCCUCUGCUGGAGGUUUUAGACAUACAGCACAAUCAACUGGUGGAGCUGCCCUGCAACCUGUUCCUCAAAUCUGACAGCUUACGGUGCGUAAAUGCGUCGGCCAACAAGCUGGAGCACCUGCCGCCAUCCAGCCUAUCAGAGGAGAGCCACAGCAUCCUGCAGGAGCUCUACCUGACCAAUAACAGGCUGACGGAUAAGUGUGUGCCCCUGCUAACGGGCCACACACACCUUCGUGUUCUGCACAUGGCCUACAACCAUCUCCAGACCUUCCCGGCCAGUAAAAUGGCCAAGUUGGAGGAGCUGGAGGAGGUGGACCUGAGUGGAAACAUGCUAAAGACUGUGCCCACCACCAUCAUGAAUUGCCGGCGAAUGCACACACUCAUUGCCCACUCCAACGCCAUCGAAGUCUUCCCUGAGGUCAUGCAGCUGAUGGAGAUGAAGUGUGUGGAUCUGAGCUGUAAUGAGCUGAGUGAGAUCACGCUACCAGAGAAUCUGCCUCCCAAGCUUCAGGAGCUGGACCUGACUGGAAACCCUCGUCUUAACCUGGACCACAAGACCCUCGAGCAGCUCAAUAAUAUCCGCUGCUUCCGUAUUGAUCCGCCUCCAACCUUUUCAUCGAACGAGGCAUCUGGUGGGCCUGCUGUGUGGAGUCAUGGUUACACAGAGGCCUCGGGCGUCAAGAAUAAACUGUGCGUUGCGGCUCUUUCAGUAAACAGUUUCUGCGGGAGUCGUGAGGCUCUAUACGGUGUGUUUGACGGGGACAGGAACGUGGAGGUGCCCUACUUGUUGCAGUGCACGAUGAAUGACGUGUUAGCGGAAGAACUACACAAGACCAAGAGCGAAGAGGACUACAUGACCAACACCUUCCUCGUCAUGCAAAGAAAACUAGGGACUGCGGGGCAGAAACUAGGUGGCUCAGCGGCUCUGUGUCACAUUCGCCACGACCCCACUGACCCCGCUGGCUGCUUCACCCUCACAGCUGCUAAUGUGGGCAAGUGCAAGGCCAUCCUGUGCCGCGAUGGAAAGCCGCUUUCACUGUCACUGCUUCAAAAUGUGGGGAUUGAGGAGGAAUACCGAAGGGUCAGGCAGCACAGGGCUAUCAUCACUGAGGACAACAAGGUGAAUGGCGUGACCGAUUCUACACGAAUCAUGGGCUACUCCUUCCUCUACCCGUCCGUCAUCCCUUGUCCCUACGUGCAGACAGUCACGCUCACACCCCAGGAUGAGUUCUUCAUUCUGGGGAGCCGAGGCCUGUGGGACGCCGUGUCUCCCACCGAGGCUGUGGAGGCUGUUCGAAACGUCCCGGACGGCCUGGCUGCUGCUAAGAAGCUGUGCACGCUGGCGCAGGGCUACGGCUGCACAGACAGCCUCAGCGCUGUCGUGGUCCAGCUCAGUGUGAGCGAAGACUGCUGCUCCUGCUGCUGUUCUGAGCCUCCCCAGCCUCCUCCCAGCCCCGGCUUGGGCCCUUAUCCCCCGUCGUCCUCCGCCAUCAAGGAGCGGCCCUCGGACGGCUCCCUCCCUGUGCCGCCGUCCUCCUGCAGUGAAAUCAGCAGCGAGAUCAGUACCAGCGAGAUGAGCAGCGAGGUGGGCUCCACGGCCUCGUCUGAUGAGCCGCCGCAGAGCUCCUUGGUGCUGCUGCACGAGCAGCCCCACCAUCCACACCUCCACCUGCACCAUCAGGCCCACUCGCUGUCCCUGCAGCACCAGCAGGCCCAUGCCGCCACCCAGCCCUGCCAGUAUCUGUUCCCAGGUUCAGAGCUGCCCUCUGCCCGCAGCUGCUGUGCACUCCAUCCUGCCUGCUUAGCAGGCUCCUUCCAGAGGCAGCUGUCUAGUGCCACCUUCUCCAGCGCCCUGUCCGACAAUGGGCUGGACAGCGAGGACGAGGAGCCCAUCGCUGGCGUUUUCUCUAAUGGGAGUCGUGUGGAAGUAGAGGCGGACGUCCACUGCCUCAAAGCAGAGUCCUCCUCUUCCUCCUCGUCACCCCAAACAUCAUUACCCUCGUCCUCCAGCCAGGAGCGAACCCUGCUGACUCUGCCCCCGCCUCCUCCACCGCCAUGCACCCCAGAGCCCCUGGAGGACGGGAUCGACAUGAGCCUCGGUGAGGCUGAGAACGGGCUGGAGAGAGAUGAGUCUUGGCAGGGAGUUGGAGCAGGAGGCGGGGACGGAGGAAAGUUGGCGGGCAAGAGGAGGAUCAAUGGGUCGGUGGCACGGCAGGAAAAGAGUCACAACCUUAUUGAGGUGGCAGCCGACGCCCCGUCUAAGAAGUCCGGGGGUUACUUCACAGCUCCAGCCCAGCCCGAUCCGGACGACCAGUUCAUCAUCCCGCCUGAGCUGGAGGAGGAGGUGAAGGAAAUCAUGAAGCAGCAUCAGCAGAAGCAGCAGAAGCCGCCUGGGACCGAUCAGCCCACAGACUACUACGACACCCCUCUCUGAACACCACCAUCACCAACUCCAGCCUCAUCACCCUCCCAGCUGCAGCAUGCACAGAAGCCUACUCUACCAUCGACCUAACCAGUUUGAUUUUCCGUAUACACAAACAAGUUUCCUGAAGAGGCUGUAAAAUGCACAUGAAAAAAGUUGGAUCAUACUUUUUCUAAACGGCCUUCCUCGCUCUACGCAGCCUCAUCAUUGAAGAACCAUGCACUGUAACGCGAUCCACCCGUUUUUACCCAACAACUCACAGAAUAAAACAAGCAAACGAGCCCUUUAAUGACCCUCUUGAAUAGCCGGUGGACACAGCUCCAUGGCUGUGCCCUUCUCACAGACUGUGGAACAUUGUUUUUACAUUAGACUACCAGCUGAGUAUGUAAUCAACACUAGUCUCUUUGCAAUAGCAUUAGCUCGCCACAACACUUGUUAAUAUGGAUAACAAUUCCAUGGUUUGUUUGUUUGUUUUGUAAGAACUUACCAUAUCUUUUAAUGUGAAAGCAGUGAAGUUGCUGAAAAGAACUUUUUAAAACGGAGACGCAUAAUCUUUUUAUUAUCAGUGAACUAUGUCGAAUGGUACACCAGUAAUACCACACUUAACUGUUGUAGAUAGGACACUUAAAAUACUGUAUUUCUUCAGUAAAUCAUGGCUCUCGGCCUGUAAAAUGGCAUAGAAAUUUUUUGUAGAAAUUUUAAAUACUAACUCCUAGGAGUUGCAUACUCUUUAUGGUGACUCAGUCACUUUUACUAAUCUUCUCUGAGAGAAAUGGUGAUUUUUUUUCCAAUGAUUGUAAAUAAGAGAAAUGUUGUAUACUGAUGCUUUUAAAGGAACUACGUACCUGUAUGUCGGUGAAGGUUUUAGUGGUGGGGAGGACGUGAGGUUCAUCAAGAGUUCGCUGUUAUGGAGGUGUCACACCUCCACCCCCUUUAUCUUACAACGUAAACCCACAAAUACACACACAUACACACACACACACACACACACACACACACACACAACUGUUUAUGUGCAAUUGCAGGUCAGAACAAAAUUCCAUGCAAUAUAACAGAGUUGCCAUGGUUUGCUCCACUUUGUCUGAUUGUGAUGUCCUGUAGUCAUCACUGUAUCUAAUGAACACUAAUAGACAGGUCUUUGCAUGCACACUUGCAUGCACACACAUACAUACACACACACAAAUACACACACACACACAGACACUCACACGUAAUAUUAGUCUCACCUCCCUCCUACAGUAACUGUUAUCACCGGCAUGACUGUGUCAAGUUCAGUAAUACAAACAAAUAUAUCCACAUGGAAAAGAGACAACACAGAUGUUCCUGUCUUUGGUAUAAUAAAUUUUAAAUUUGUGAAUAUAA